CCCAAUCACCCCCCCCUCUAAUCCUAAUUUGCACACAAGAAGAUGGCUAAAGGGCUGCCUGCGCCAAAGGAAAGGGUCCUAGGGGUCAGACGGGGUUAUUUGGGGAAUAACCCUUCAUCCAGUGUUAGGCUUUGGACGGGCUCGGAGUCUCCGUCAUCCCCCUCACCUGUCACGAUGUUCGUGCAUUUGGAGGUUUUCUAUUAUAUUUUCAUCCUCCUGGCUCACAUGAGGUCGUACUGCUGCUGGUCAGUGAAUAAUUUCUUGAUGACUGGACCCAAGGCGUACCUGAUCUACUCGAGCAGCGUGGCAGCAGGAGCUCAGAGUGGCAUAGAGGAGUGCAAAUACCAGUUUGCAUGGGACCGCUGGAACUGCCCCGAGAGGGCUCUGCAGCUGUCCACACACAGCAGCCUGCGCAGCGCAAAUCGGGAGACGGCGUUCGUUCACGCCAUCAGCUCGGCUGGAGUCAUGUACACUUUAACCAGGAACUGCAGCCUCGGAGACUUCGACAACUGUGGCUGCGACGACAGCAGGAAUGGACAGCGAGGCGGUCACGGUUGGCUCUGGGGCGGCUGCAGCGACAACGUCGGCUUCGGCGAGGCCAUCUCCAAACAGUUUGUCGAUGCCUUGGAGACCGGGCAGGACGCACGGGCAGCUAUGAAUCUCCAUAAUAACGAGGCCGGACGUAAGGCUGUCAAGGGGACCAUGCAGAGGACCUGCAAGUGUCAUGGGGUCUCAGGGAGCUGCACCACUCAGACCUGCUGGCUGCAGCUGCCGGAGUUCAGGGAGGUGGGCAACUACCUGAAGGAGAAGUACCACAGGGCCCUGAAGGUCGAUCUCCUCCGAGGAGCCGGCAACAGCGCGGCCAGCCGGGGGGCCAUCGCCGAGACCUUCAGCUCCAUCUCUCGCAAGGAGCUGGUCCACCUGGAGGACUCCCCCGACUACUGCCUGGAAAACCGCACCCUGGGCCUGCCGGGCACAGAGGGCCGUGAGUGCCUGAAGAAGGGCAAGGGCUUGAGCAAGUGGGAGAAGCGGAGCUGCAAGAGGCUGUGCGGGGAGUGCGGGCUGGCCGUGGAGGAGCGCAAAGCCGAGAUGGUGUCGAGCUGCAAUUGCAAAUUCCACUGGUGCUGCGCGGUGAAGUGCGAGCAGUGCCGAAAGACGGUGACCAAGUACUUCUGUGUGAAGAGAGGAGGUCAGAGGGGGAGGAACGAGAGCGCCGGCAGCCGCCGGAAGAGCCUGAGGCUGAGGAAGAAGCACUGAGCAUCUUCAUCACCUCUCCCCCCUGCUGGCGUCAUGUUUGUACCCGUGCACCCAAACUCUCUGUGAAGUUAAUACAGUUUCAGACCACGCUCUUUGUCAGUUUUGUGUGAAAAGGUAAAGGCAGUGGGAUGUGCACAGAGACGCAAGGUCAAGAGGAUGAGACGGCGAGCUUUUGCAGCUUUUGGUACAAAUGUAUUUAAGAUAUAUUUUUAUACUUUUGACAACAUUUCGAAAAAAAGUCACCGGGCAUAUGAAGAGUAUUUCUCUGACCUCAAAAUUCUCCACAACAUGAUUUAUUUAUUGCCAUGCUCACGAAAAAAACAAAAAAAACAACAACAACAAAAAACCCCCAUUAAACAGUUAUUAGCUUUUAAUGGUGGAUGACUACUGGGCAGCGGCAGAAUUCGCCUUUUAGAACAAAGUGUCAAGGUUGUAUUUCCAUGAACGUCUCGCAGUAAUCUUCAUACAUUUUUUGAUUUGAGACUUUUCGGGGGACUCUCUCCCAUCGCCUGGCUCGCCCUGACCCUCGCUGCCCUCUCGGUGUAUUUAAUUGUAUAUAAAAUGAAGCACUUUGUACUGUACAUUGUUAAUUUAUUGCACAGCGUUUCCUAGUUUUGCUUUAUCAUUAGCUGCCUUUGUGGUGUUCCUGUUAAAAUGUAAUGAAAGAAUAAUAAAUCCUUCUCAUCGUACAUAUCACUCAGCCUGAAGAAAGUGUUCCUCCUUCUUUAACGUUGUGACAGUAAUACCUGGUGGUUUUGCGGUAAACACAGCGCUCACUCUUCGCAUUGUUCACACGCCGGGGUUAGGAUCGUCUGGGGCGAGCCAACAAGAACAGAGAACCUUCCAGCGAACC